UAAUGACAUCAUUGGCCAACCUCUUAGUAUCGCUUCUACUGAUUACCACCUUCUCUCUUGCACCCAUACGCUGCUAUGUUAAUCGAGCAGAUGUAAGGGUACAACAUGGUGCCAAUAAUAAGUCUGUCCACCACACUUACAUUGUGCUCGUCGAGCCACCGCCCUCUCCCUCGCCCUCGAAUGUUGACGAAGACAUGUACCGUCAUUGGUACGAGUCUUUCUUGCCCAAAUCACGCGAUGGUGACUCGGGAAAGUCACCUCUUCUGCACUCCUACACCGAGGUGUUCAGCGGCUUCGCCGCAAAGCUCACUGAUCGGGAGCUCAAUGCAGUUGCGAAGAAUCCAGGGUUCGUGCGUGCGUUCAGGGACCAAACACGGUACCUCAUGACCACACACACUCCAAAGUUUCUUGGGCUCAGGAAGGGCACCGGCAUCUGGAGCGACGCGGACUAUGGGAAGGGAGUCAUCAUUGGGUUGCUUGAUAGUGGCAUCUAUGCGGAGCACCCUUCGUUUGAUGGUGAAAACAUCGCAACGCCACCAGCAAGGUGGAAGGGAUCAUGCAUGGCGACCCGGUGCAACAACAAGCUCAUUGGUGCACAAUCAUUCAUCGAAGACGAUGAUGACCCUAGCGACCAGCAGGGGCAUGGGACACACACGUCAUCCACGGCAGCCGGUAACUUCAUCACCGGCGCGUCGUAUCAUGGUAUGGGAGCGGGCACCGCAUCAGGAGUUGCUCCUGGUGCCCAUAUCGCCAUGUACAAGGUGUGCGCUGAUGGAGAAUGUAAUGAUUCCGCCAUAGUGGCCGGCCUCGACGCAGCCAUCAAGGAUGGGGUGGACGUGCUCUCACUCUCCAUUGGCCAUCUUGGCAGCCUCAGGUUCGAUAAAGACCCCAUCGCCAUCAGCACAUUUAGUGCCAUAUCAAAGGGCAUCGUCGUGGUUUCCACGGGUGGUAACGAAGGACCCGAUUCACAUUCGGUAAACAAUGAUGCACCAUGGUUGCUCACAGUCGGUGCUAGCUCGGUGGAUCGAAGCUUUGACAUCGGCGUGAAUCUUAGCAAUGGCAAGUGCAUCCACGGAGAAGGGCUUAGCCAGGUGGCAAAGCCGAGGUCAAAGAUGUAUCCACUCCUCUACUCCGAAGAACGGGGCAAGUAUGACUACAUGGAUAACCAUGUCGUCGGUGAGAAGAUCGUCGUCUGUGAAACGGAUACUACCCGCGAGAACAUCAACAACAUAAUGAGUGCCGGUGCGGCCGGCGUAGUGCUAUUGAACGGUGAAUCCAACGGAUACACAAUUGAGCUUGAGGAUUACAACUCCAAUGUGGUGCAGGUGAGCACGAACGAUGGCGCCAUCCUCAGAGCCUAUGCGACAUCGACAAACAGCUCGGCGGGUGCCAUUUUCUCGUACCACAACACACUGCUUGGUGUCCAUCCGGCCCCUGUGGUGGCAUCGUUCUCUUCCCGAGGUCCAAGCAUCGACAUCCCCGGCGUGCUCAAACCAGACAUAUUGGCACCGGGGCUCAACAUCCUUGCUGCAUGGUCGCCUGAAGCAGACCCUGGCCUGGUCUAUGACAUGGGUAUCACCGACUAUGCUGGUUACAUCUGUUGGCUCCUCGGCGACGAAGGCCUGGCAACCUUUGUGCAUGACAAGAGAUUGACUUGCGCGAAGCUGCCCAAGGUGAAAGACGUGCAGCUCAACUACCCGACCAUAACUGUGCCGUUGAAGUCAGCAACCUUCGUCGUGAACCGAACAGUGACAAAUGUAGGGCCGCCAGCAUCGACGUACACUGUGAAGUUGGACGUGCCCAAAUCGGUCAUGGUACGUGUCGCCCCGAACAAGUUGGUGUUCUCCAAGGCUGGGGAGAAGAAGACGUUCACCGUGUCGGUGAGUGGCAAGGACGUUCAUGGACAAGGACACGUGGAGGGAUGCUUGAGCUGGGUGUCGGCGAAGCAUGUUGUGCGGAGCCCGAUCAUUGCUGUUCCUAAUCUCCCCGAAUCUCCGCCGCCUCUAGAGAAUAUUUAGGUGCGUUGUGGAAAAGGGCUAGAAGUGAAUGUUUGAAUGUUGCAUUUUAUUUAUCAUCAAUUUGUAAGGGUUGCUUAAAAUGUUAAAUCGAUCAACUUUCUGAGA